AUUACAUCUUGGCCUUGAAGGCGCCUCGGAAUCGUACACCACAGUUUACUAUGCCAGUUAGAACAACUAUGACAAAUCUGUUUACCUCCCGUCAAAACACAUGAGAAAAUGAAGAUGUAACGCUUUAUUUUAUUAUAAAAAAAAAUGUUAGAGCAAAAUGGCGCGGAAACAUGUAGAGCGAGUGAAAAUUUGUGUUUUGCCGCGUAUUUGUGCUGUGCUCGUUAAAUUAAAAAUGUAGAAUCAAAAGUGUUGUGUGCGUAUUAUUUAGCGACUGUUUUUUUUAAAUAAAAUUCUGUAUAUUUAUCAAAUAAUUUAAACAUUAUUUUAUUAUAGAAGAGGCUAUCGGUCAGUGAUAAAAACUCAUAAAUGUAAUUUAUUUUUUCAAUAGUUUUUGAAUGAAUGCGGCAAAUAUAAUAAAUUUAUUAACAUUUAAAAAGCGUUUCUAAAGUAGGUAUUUAGUAAAAAGUGUUUGUUGUAAGCUCAAGUGUUAUUUUAAAUAUUUGUGUGGAAACAUAGUUUUUACCAAGGUUAUCCUCGUAAUAUAAACUUUAUCUUGUGUUUACUCAAGUGUAAAAUUAGGUUAUUAGAAUGUGUAGUAGAAGUUUCAUAGCAGCAUUGAUUUCUCAAGACGUGGAGGCGGGUAUCCCAGAGGGUUGCACAGAAGAGCGCGACACAUUGCAGCCACUUUUGGACGAUAGAGUGUCUCCUCUGCCCGCCCGGCUGCGACCCCCGCGCCCUGUCAACUUGGGGCCUCUUGAUGUCUCACAAAACCUAGAAUGGCGCCAAUAUCCAUCAAACAGUAGCAUCCCUGAUGAGACCCCGUCGAUCGCCUCUACAGCUAACAACACUCCUCUGGGUGACGUUCCAGAGACUUGGCCCAAGAAAUGGCGCCGCAGCGACCGACGCCUGAGGAGGCUCAACACUGAGCUGUUGGAAGCCAUCGAGGGGCAUAAUGUCGAGGAGGUGGAAAGGCUGCUCAAUGCAGGUGCGAACCCAAACGCGACUUGCCGUCUGGGGCUCAUCUCGUCAUGCCAUUUCGCCGCCCUGGCCGGUGGCGAAGCCCUGGCGCUCCUCCUCAAGUUUGGAGCAGAAAAACACCGGCUGGACAAGCUAGGGAGGACGCCCCUACACCUUGCGGCCUGGGCAGGGAAUGCCAGACAGAUGGCUAUUUUGCUGGAUUUUCCUGAAGAUAUGCAAAACCGAGUGGACUCAGACAGCAUGUCGUCAGAAGCGGAGGAGGACGUCAAGAAACUGUGCCCGAAGACCAGGGACCUGGCUAACCUGCGCUGUGACCUUGGAGAGGUCAAGAUGCUGCUUCCAAAGAACUGGCGCGACAACAUUGACCACAACUGCAGGGAUAUCACUGGCACUAUCCCCCUCAUCCAACCGGGAUGGACGCCGCUCCACGUGGCGAGUGCGUGCGCUCGGCGGCACUGCACCAGGCUCCUCCUGGCUGCCGGAGCUGACCCUAACAUCAGCGACGUGGCUGGGAGAACUCCCCUAGAUGUAGCUGGCUUCGCUUUCUACUAUGAUGAGGCUAUCAACUCUGAUAAUUUCACAGAAGUAAUCAAAAUGCUGAUCAAAGCUGGUGGCACGCACAACACCAUGAAAGCCCGAGGUCUGAACGACCUGGACACUCCAAUACACACUGCUGUCGAGCUGGAGAACAAGGAUGCUAUGAACGAACUCCUCAACAUUGGUGCUUCCAUCGCCUGUCUGAAUACUGCUGGCUUGACCCCUCUGCAUGUCUGCGUGCGGAGAGAGCUCGAGUUACCUCUGCAGGUGCUAGCUAACUACGGGAACAACGACGCAGAUCCCCUAGCAGCGAUGGUAGAUGUCAAGGACCGGGAAGGUCACACAGUGUUGCAGGCUGCUGUUGAGGCCUCCUGGGUGCCAGGAGUGUGCAUCGCUUUGGAGGCCGGUGCUGACGUCACAUUGAAGGCAAAUGAUGGCGAAACUCCAAUCCACUCAGCAGCAGCACUUGGUAACAUUGACGUACUUAACGAAAUCCUCAGCGUAGCAAAGCAAAGAGACUUCAUUGACUGUCAGAAUGAUGAAGGAGAGACCCCUCUCUUCAAAGCAAUCGUUCAUGGACAUAAAGAAUGUCUCAGAGCUCUAUUAAAUGAAGGAGCUUCGUUGAAAAUAACUCUCCCGGGAGAUGUCAAUGUUUUACACGCAGCAGCUGAAUGUGGUCAGUUAGAAAUUCUAAAAGAAUUGCUAAUAUAUGAUGAAGAUGUUAGCAAAGCAAUGAUUAAUACUUUGACAGCUGGAGACAGGCGGGGCUUUGGUCCUAUACAUUUCGCAGUAUCAAAUAAUCACACAGACUGCGUAGAUCUUCUUUUAUCUAGAGGCGCAGAUAUACGGCUCAGAACAACUUGUAGUCCACAUAAAGAGUCGACUCCAUUACAUAUUGCUGCGGUUAAAAAUUACUUGGAAAUAGCAAAGAUUAUUCUGGAUUUUGACAAAACGACAAUACACGAAGUUAAUAGUAUGGGCUGGUUCCCUUUGCACACAGCAGCCCAUCAUGGAAGCAGAGAUGUUAUAGCACUAUUACUGAGAGAAGGAGCUGAUCUUUCAGUUUACACUGAUGGACCAAAAAAGUACAGAAGAACAGCUAUAGACAUGAUUAUAAACAAUUUAUCAAAACCAACAGAUUUUAUGGAAGAAAUCUUUGAUUCUUAUAUUCAGAGUAAUUCGCAGAAUCUACAAGACCCGAACUGUGAGAUCACAGUUGACUAUAGCGUGCUAAUGCCUACAAUAUGUGAGAUGGAGCAGAUGAAAGUGAUUCAAGCUUUGAUGAAGACGGGAAAUCGGUAUGGGCAGAAGAGACUCUUAGUGCAUCCUUUGGUAGAAAGUUUCUUAUACUUGAAAUGGAAGGCCUUAUUGCCUUUUUUCUAUACGAUUAUUGUAAUGUACGCCUUAUUUGUUGGAUCAUUGACUACAUUCACUGUGUCUGUAUUCUUCUACAAGGACACACAUGAUGAGAAUGAUAGACCGAUGUGGCUGAACGCUCAUUUUUGGGGCUACGCUGUGUAUACCACUAUAUUUUUGUUACUAAUACAGGAGCUUCUAUAUAUGAACAUCAAAAGCAGCAGAUAUUUCGUCCAGUUGGAAACUUGGGUCAAGUUUAGCUCCAUUGGUUUAGCAACGAUCUUACCACCAGCAGUCUUAGUCACGGCGUGGUCGGAUGCCGAGUGGCCAAGGCAUGUGGCCACGGUAGCCUUACUCCUGUCUUGGGUUGAACUGAUGUUCUUACUAUCCAGAUUCCCAAAUUGGGGUUACUAUGUCCUCAUGUUUGGGAAGGUUGCCUCUAAUGUUAUUAAGAUCCUUGCAACAUUCUUAUUCCUGGUCAUCGGUUUCUCACUAAGUUUCAUGAUCCAGUUCAAAUCAAUAUCACCGUUCGAAGGUCCAUGGGCUUCGCUUGUCAAAACUAUCGUCAUGAUGACGUCAGAGUUCGACUAUGAAGCAUUGUUCGACGAGGACCAUAGUAAAGAACUCGCAAAUUCGCUCGUCAUCAUCAGACUAAUAUUCCUUGUGUUUUUAAUAUUAGCUGCCAUUGUACUUAUGAACUUGAUGGUCGGUGUUGCUGUAAACGAUAUCAAUGAUUUAGAAAUCCUUGGAAAUAUCAGAAGAUUAGCCAAACAGGUUGAGUUUUUGGGGACUUUGGAUACCUUAGUCUAUAACAGGGUUUUCAGCACUAUCUUGCCAAAGAGAGUAAACAACAGUAUUAAAAAGAAACGUAAAGUGAUAUGCGUCUUGACUUUGAGUCCCGGGAAACCAAGAUGGAGGCAUUACAAGAUUCUCUCAUCGAGAUUGAGGGACGCGAUUUUCGACAAAGCCGUCUGUCAGAAGAAGCAAACGGAUGAUGAAAUGGGCCUGCAAAGGUUCAAGUCUCAAAUGGAAGAAAUGUACGAAGCGAUUGUCAAACAGAAAGAGAGAAAAGAUCAAAAGAAAGACAAACCUCGAGAAUUACUCGACGUAGAUAGACCGGCAAGGAACAAAAUGAGACAUGACGAAAUUAUAAAGCAUCUGAAUGAGAUAGACGAUGGUAUGAGUGCGAUGAAAGAGCAGAUGACGUCAUACGCGCAAGAAUCGAAGUCUCCUGUGGAAGAGUUGAAUGUGAAAAUGGACCAAAUGUCUAUAGAAAUAGAAGUUAUUAAACAGUUUUUAAGUAGAUUGGAAAGUAAAUUAGGUGCUGUGGGAGAUACGAGUAAGGAAUAAGUAGAAUGCCAAAGUAGUAUUAAGAUUUAUAGAAAUAAUGUUUUGGAAUGUUUUUGAAGAAUCUAGAAUAAGUCCAUAAUUUGAUAGAGGUGCUUUCAAAUAUAGACUGAUUUUACCCUAUAAA